AGCAGACCUGCGACAGAGAAAGAAGCAAAACUGCACAGAAUCUGACAAAAUGGCUCCAGAGGAGAGAAACAAAGAAAACUCAAAGCUGGGAAGAUCGCCAAAAUAUAUGUUAAUUCAGCGUUUUGCGAAACUUUUCUUUGGCUGUCUUGCGGCAGUCACUAGUGGAAUGAUGUAUGCUGUGUACCUCUCAACAUAUCAUGAACGGAAAUUCUGGUUUUCCAGCAGGCAGGAACUUGAACGAGAAAUUACAUUUCAGGGUGACAGUGCCAUUUAUUACUCAUUCUAUAAAGAACUGCUAAAGGCUCCUUCCUUUGAAAGAGGUGUUUAUGAGUUGACACACAACAAUAAGACAGUAUCACUGAAGACGAUAAAUGCAGUCCAGCAAAUGACUUUGUACCCAGAGUUGAUUGCCAGUGUUUUAUAUCAAGCAUCUGGUAGCGAAGAAGUUAUUGAACCAGUGUAUUUCUACAUUGGUAUAGUUUUUGGACUGCAGGGAAUUUAUGUGACUGCAUUGUUUGUAACCAGUUGGGUUAUGAGUGGGACUUGGCUGGCAGGAAUGCUGACUGUAGCAUGGUUCAUUAUUAACAGGACAGAUACAACAAGAAUUGAUUACUCCAUACCAUCAAGGGAAAAUUGGGCUUUGCCAUAUUUUGCAUGUCAAGUAGCAGCUCUCACAGGCUAUUUAAAAAAAAGCCUAAAUUGUUCUGCUGAGAAGUUUUGUUACCUUUUGGUGUAUGAAGUAUACAAAAUCUACUUGUUUUCUCUCUUCUUGGGGUACCUUUUGCAGUUUGAAAAUUCAGCCUUACUAGUGUCACCAUUACUGAGUCUUGUAGCAGCUUUAAUGCUCUCUAAAUGCCUUCAGAUGAAUACGAAAAAAGGUACAUUUAUAUCAAGAUUACUGAAAAUAAUGCACAUUUAUUUGGUACUUACAAUAACAGUGACACUAAACUUCUUACUAAAGGUGUUUGUUCCUCAUAAAGAAAAUGAGCAUUUGCUGAAGUUCAUUGAAGUAAAACUUGGCUUAAACACAACUAAGAAUUUUACAAUGAAUUGGCUCCUUUGUCAAGAAUCUCUUCAGGCGCCCUCCCAAGACUUUUUUUUGCGACUAACACAGUCAUCACUGUUGCCUUUCUAUAUUUUAGUAUUAAUUAUCUGCCUUUUUUCUGUAACUCAGGUCAUUUUUAGGAGAAUUUGUGGUGAACCACUGAAAGAGACAGUUAAACUUGAGGAUGGUCGAAUUGGAGAGAGGCCAGAAAUAGUUUAUCAUGUAAUUCACACAAUUUUACUUGGUUGUCUAGCGAUGUGUUUGGAAGGAAUGAAAUAUCUAUGGACACCUUAUGUUUGCAUGCUUGCUGCAUUUGGUGUGUGCUCUCCUGAACUUUGGAUGACGCUUUUCAAGUGGCUUCGACUGAAAGCUGUGCACCCAAUACUGCUGGCUCUUAUUCUGAGUAUGGCAGUUCCCACAAUAAUUGGAUUCAGCUUGUGGAAAGAGUUUUUCCCUAGGAUAAUGACAGAGCUUUCAGAACUACAGGAAUUCUAUGAUCCUGAUACAGUAGAACUUAUGACAUGGAUAAAACGACAGGCUCCCGUGGCUGCUGUGUUUGCAGGCAGCCCACAGUUAAUGGGUGUGAUUAAGCUUUGUACCGGAUGGAUGGUGUCGAGCUUGCCUUUAUAUAAUGAUGAUGAUCUCAUAAAAAGAAAUGAAAAUAUUUAUCAGAUCUAUUCAAAGAGGUCAGCAGAGGAUAUUUAUAAGAUACUCACAUCUUACAAAGCCAAUUUUCUGAUUAUUGAAGAUUCAAUCUGCAAUGAAGUGGGACCUGUAAGAGGAUGUAGAGUUAAAGACCUGUUGGAUAUUGCUAAUGGUCAUGUGGUUUGUGAGGAAGGCGACAGCUAUGCCUACUCAAAAUAUGGACGAUUUUGUCAUGAAAUCAAAAUGAACUAUUCUCCAUAUGUGAAUUAUUUUACUCGAGUAUACUGGAAUAGAUCCUACUUUGUAUAUAGAAUCAACACUGUGAUAUCUUUCCAGUCAUGAAAAAGCAUGCAAGCUUCUUUCUGAGGAUUGAUUGUGAAUGAAACACAGUUGGAAAAGCUUCUUUUGAUCAAGGAAGUUAUUUUCGCAGAUACAUGCGUGCACAUGCAGUGUAUUGACAACUUUAUUUUAACAAACUGGAAUCCUUUGAACUACAGAUCAACAGACAGAGAUACCAUUCUUGAAGGAAACAGGAAAAUUUAUCAAUUUUACAGUCUCUACAAAGUGACAGUCUUCCACAUUUUUGCAUUUUUCUUCCUAUUAUAAAUCUUCACGUAAAUGAGAUUUCUAACUUUAGUGUUAGAGAACUGCUGUGGAUAGACUUCAGUAAAUGCAGAAAAAUCAUUUAAAGAGCUCAUUUAAGUCAUACUGCUUUUAUUUUCUAGCAAGAAAGCAAUUGGUAUCCUGAGUCCUUUCAAGUAAGUGUUUGGAGGGGUUUUUUGUUGCUGUUUUAAUUCUUCCCAUCUUCCACUGUAAACAUUUCUGUGUUUAUCAACACACAUUCAUACAUCUUAUGUGUCGCUAUAGUGUUUGUUUAAAUCAAAUAAGGAAGAUCUAAUUUGAACACUUCCAUAGGUGAAGACACUGAUCUCUAUGUGUCUUAGAGACGUGUUGAUGGAAGUGCUUGUACUUAGACCUAGCUGUAGCAGUUGACAAGGUCAGAUCUUCAGUUUGGAAAGAACUUGCCUUCAGGAUUUUUCCAUGCUUAAAUGUGUAUGUGUGUCUGCAGAUGUGUGUCUUAGCUGCCAUCAGAAUGGGCCAGUAUACAAUCAUGUGCUGUACUUGUUUUUAGGCAAGUGUAGCAGGACAACUACGUUUGCUGCUGAGACUUCUGCACUUCUGUUUCAUCCCCUCUGUGUGCAUGCUGGUAUAUGUGUGUGUCUGUGUGGGAAUGGAUCGGUGAUACUCAAUUCAUUCAACUUACUGUGUGAUGGUUACACUGAGAUAGUGCCAUAACUGUAAUUUAAAACACUAUAAUCGCCACCAUUAAUAAAUAGUGGUAGUAGCUAUUUAUAUAUCAGAUAUGCAACUACACUGAGAUCUUUGAAAAUUUGGGAAAGUACUCUGCAAUCUUGCUUCCCUUUAAAGUUUGUCUUUCUUAUAUGACCCCCUUUGCCUCUACAACUAUUUUUCUUAACAAAUUGUCUGUUCAUCCUGUUUGUUGCUGGCUGAUAUACUUUCAAGAAAAUGAAUGAUGCUUUAAUUCCAACUCUGGGCCUAAUCCUGGUAAAUGGAAAUUGUAAAUGGAAAAUCCAAUAAAAGGUAACGGUAACUUUGCUUAUGUAGGUGUAGCUGGACAGAAAGCCAGGACAUAAGCUUUGGAAGAAGAUAUUAUUCACCCGUUCUGAGUUACCUUCAGUUAGGCAUUCAUGUAGCACCUGGCCUAGAGACCAGUCUAUCAGGCAUGUAGGAAUGAUUCUUUGGAACCCAGAUAUCUUUAAUGAAGGAUCUGGCGUAAUAGGAUGAACUUCCAUCUGAAAAAUCUGCAAGCGAAAGCUGCAAAACGAUCCUUACUUCACUUGUCGAUAAAAUGCAAAUUCAGAGAUUUUAACGUUGAAAUUAUUAGGAAUUGCAGCAUGCUGGUGUAUAUGUGAGAUUCUUAUCUGCUCUAUGCAGAUAUAUUUGCUUACUUUACACUAAGAGGCAGUGCUGAGAUUUUUUAAAAACCUAUUAUCACUAUUGGAGUGAUUUAAAAGAAAAAAGCAUUAUUGUUGUAAAAGUCAACAUGUCUGUAAUCUGUUUUUUACUUUCAGUUAUAUUUUUAGGCAUAUGAGUCUUGACAAGAUGUUAAAUUAUGCGUUUAAUUUGAAACCAAUGUUCAGAUAAAUCCAUCUAAUAUACUGGAUGUGAUCACUGAGAGAAACUUUUAUCAGUGUAACUGAGUUACAAGUGAAAAGUGAAAAAAUAUCCUUUCUGGGGAUAGAGUCAUUGUGUUGAGGGCAGUGUGUAGUGCGUCUCUGGUCUAAUGCAGCCCGCAUUUAUUUGCUUAUGCACAAGUGCAUAUGUUUUACUGCACUGGACUGUUUCAGACUUUCCAUUUACCUUAUAGCAACAUGCUAGUGUAUUAACUUGAGCUAUGGCAGGCCUGCUGGAGCCUUCUCUGUAUGUGCUAGUAUGGAUGUAGAUGUAGUAUUUGGAAGUUUAGAGUUUCUUACACAAUUUAAGUUUGUUUGAAACAUUGUCAAGGAAUUACAUCUCUUGUGUGUCAGUCAUUUACCUGCUUGAAGUUAAUCAUUCAUGAAUAUCAUUUCAUAACAGCAAUAAGGCAUUCCAGGUAGCAAACUUCAGGGUUACAGCUGCACUUGGGUGGAUGAAGUCACUUACGGCUUCAUGCCUUAGACUGCCAUGCCAAGAUGCAAUAUUUAACUAUCCUUGACUGCCUGUUGUGUUUUACCGCAGUGCUGUAUGUAUGUGUUACCACAUAGAACGUAGUUUGAAUACUUACAUGUAGAGCACACAUGUUAAGAGAAAUGCAAAUGAGGCCAUUGUACAGCUAACGAAAAAUACUUUGUAGCACGUUGGCCUUUAUACAUGUUUAAACAAACAUGUUGAACUUUAUUUGAACUGUGACAUAGUUGUUGUUAUUAGUUUUGUCAUAGUUUUUAAGAUAUAUUCUUGAUACUUCAAUUGAUUCUGCUUUAGGAGAAUCAUUUAAGAUUUUUACCUUGCUUUUUAUAUUAGAGAAAAUUGUAUUGCAGUACCAUUGGCACAGCAGCCUUAAGUAACAGAAGGAGCCUUUUAUGUGGGAGAAAUAUUGCUGUUGUUCCAGUAAAAAGGCGUAAUUUUUAAACUGAGUGACUGGAGGAAUCAUAUCUUACACAGAAAGUGAUGAGCUUGAAUUUCUUAUCCAACUAUGGGUUAGUAAAAAUAUUAUUGUCUAUUCUAACCUCUACCUUAUGUGAAAAAUAAACAGUAAGUUUCAUGGUAUCCCUCAGAAGAACAGCAAUAGGGCAUAAUUACUUCCGACUUUUACACACAACCCUAGCUUGGUUUUCAGCCAGGUCGCAGGUUUAACUCCAUGAAAGGGCUGGGGGAAUGUUUUGCAAAUUUUGAUCUGUUUUGCUGUAGAUGUUGCAAUUCAGUUGAAACAUGUGCCUUGAAAGCUUUUAUUAAACAAAAACCCCCUCAAUUUGUGUUUCUUUUUGUGAAGAUUUCUGGUUGUUUUAAUUCCUGUCUCUCUGAUUUCUAGAACUUCUGUUGUGUCUUAAUACCCCAGCGUCCAAGGAUGCUCAUGUAGUAAGUGGUGCAGCUAUCUAACAGCUGUUCACUAGGAAGAAAUUGCGUAGCAAUUUGUACUGCUACUUUGCUGGCUUAUUUCUUCCUUCAGAUUUCCAAUUUCUGUUAUGCUUAGUAAAUGCAAAAAAAUUACCUUGAAAGAAUAAAUUGAGUAUAGUAUUUUCAGGCACUUACCUGUUACUGUUAGACUUGUGGAUUAAAGUUAAAUCAAACCACAACUAAACUGACAUGUACAGUUUUGUCUUAACUUAAAAAAACUCUCUCACUUCCUGAAUUACCACAUACUUGAACUCAGUUGAUAGAUUUGCCAGAUGUUUGAGACUAAUUAAGGCAUUUCAGAAUAUAAGCUUCUAUUCAUUUUAUUUUUUAAAAAUACUGUUUUCAUUUCUUCCAGAGUAAAUGGAAAUACAGUUUAGUACAAUACAAUCCUAAAUACAAUUUCCAGUGGUGGGGUAAGGAGAUACACAAAUAUGGAAGAAGGAGGGCCAAAAGAUUUACAGGCAUUGAAAAUUCUUCAAUCUAUUUGCUCUGGUGGAAUUACUGUUUACUGAAAAGUAGAAGGUUAGGGACCAAUUCUUGUUCUUACCACCUUAUUUUCACUUAGACAUCUGCAAAUGUCCAAAUCUUGUGACCCUUCAUCAGCUUUCCCGUGCAGUUUGUGUGAAUAGGAGCUGCAAGAUCAGGUGGUAGGGAUUGUAAACUGUCAUUGAAACACUUCUUAAUGACUGCUGUUAAUGGCAUGUAACCUAUCCUUUAACCAAAAAUCUAACAAGAGAAAGCCUAGGCUGUUAGUGUGAAUGCGUGGGCAUGCUUGUUGUAUUUGCAUUUAGAGAGGUCUGGUUUACUACUGUGUUUUGAAGAUGUAAUGAGUAACUUCUGUUAUUGCUAAUGGUGAUCGAAUCUAUAAAUCUAAAUAUUGAUGGGCAGGUGGACUCUAGAGUACUAUGGUAUUAGAAAUGAAAGAAAAGCUGAGUUUAUUCCAACACAAGCAAUAUUUCAUGCAAACUAAUACCUCAAUAUAAAUCUGUAUAAUCAUGCCUUUAGCACUCUUUUUAAAACUUAAUUUUAGGGGGGGAAAAAAAAGUGAAAAUUCUGAAACAUGCAGUGUCUGUUAUUUUAGUAAUCAUUUCUACUUCAUCAGUACAGCUAAAAGUAAAUAUCACCAUUACGUUGCUGCACUCUUACUACGCCAAAUGCAGAGCUAGUGAUGCCUAAAGGUCUUCUGAAUUGUUUGGUACCUCAACUAGAUGUUUAAAUGUGUAAUUAAUCUGGCAGUGUUUUUGAUUUCAGCACAGUUAAAUGUAUGUAAUUCUGCCUUUCGAGUGAUGUUUAAGGUUACCUAUUUAUUUUAUGGAAAAGAGGUGGAUGUUUAAUGCCUUUCAAAGUUUCAAACUUUGUUACUUCAGUAAUGCAGAACAAUUAUUGGUGGUGCUUUACUUGUUAACAGUGACAUUUAGCAGUAGCGUAUAUAGCAUAUGGACAUAUCUAUGUGCAGCUAUUUAAUAACAAAUCUAAGGAAUCCAAUUCCUUUUAUCCUGUUUGUUGUCUUGGACAGUUUUUUAUCAAAGUAAUGUAUACAUAGUAAAUAUUUUUCUCUUGUGACAAACUUUUUUUCUGUGAAAAAAAAUAAAGUUGUAAUAAAAGCCAAGUCCAGAAAGUGGAGUGUUUGGGACACAAACCGUUUUAUGCUUUCUUUUGAGAAGUCUGAUACUCUUUCACCAAAAACGUGUAGUUCAUAAUGAAUUAACCUCCUUCCUCUGUUGUGAUAAUAAAAUGAUUUUUAUAUUCUAUUGCAUUAUUUGCAUAUGCAAUUAUCAGUCAAGUGAAGACUGUGCAGUAUAGCUCAAAUAUCUGUCUUAUUGGCUGAUGGAGCAGCGUAAACACUCUUGCACCUCUCAAGGAUCAGCAGCCUGCUCAAACCAGAUCCAUGUCAUGCUGACUGUAACUACCUGUUGAGACACACUGGCAUGAGGAUGAGGGGCAAAAUAUGGAAUUCUUGAACUCUGACUUUCUCCCUAAAGAUCUCCCUACAGCAAGCAUGUCACCUGGAAAUAAAUUGCUAUGCAACAUCAAAUGCUUACUGCUUUAUUUUUUUAAUCAACUAAUGUAUCAUCUGCCUUGAAUUUUUACAGAUCAUGAUUACAUAUAUUGGAGCCUUCUAUCAUUUUAUGAUAUUAUUAGUAAGAGUGUAAUCUUUGAAUGCAGACUACUUUGUAAUAAUUUACCAUGUAAUGAUAUGAAAACCUUGAGAUUAUUUUAGUUAAACUCAGAAGAUGCUAGAAAUACUUUAUGAAGUGCUUCUCCAAAAAUCGAUCAUAUAGCACCUAAAAAGUAUAUAUUUAUGUCUUAAAUUUAUAAUGGUUCUGAGUUUGAACAUUCAUCAGACUGUUUCCUUUUAGACCAGUCAGGAAAUGUGCUGAUGUUGAAGUAUUCAGAUUUAUCCAUAAAUUCUUCAAGCACCCAGGCUUUGUGAUUGCUUAGCUGAAAGGGGAAUGGAGCUUCCUGGCACCAUGACAUCUAUAUUGGUGUUUGUGUACUCUUCCAUGUCAUUAUUCAAAACUGAGACCAUGAUUACCAGCUGUGAAAUACAGAAUAUUCCAUUAUAUAGAAUAGAGUAUAUAUUUAUUUGUUUAUAUAAAUAGGUUUAUAUAAAAGUGUGUAUAUGUAUUUUAUGUGUGUAUAUAUCUCUGUAUAAAAUAUAUAUUCUGAUUAUAAUCAAUGUUUGAGAGGUGUUGGGUAAAACUACUGUUGGUUUGGGGGUUUUCCCCCUUCAGCGGUAAUCUGUAAUCUGUUUUUAGGACCUAGUUUCCCAGAUCUCCCAGUUCUUGUGGUGACCCAGACUAGGAUACUUCAGUUCCCAUAUGCGUUUAACAAACGCGAUAGACACCUUUUAAUAGUAAUGGGAUGAAGUGCAUCUCAUUAUUAAUUAAACUGCAUAUAUAAAAUAUACAAACAUAGAGUAAUACUGAACUGUUCAGUAGAUUGUAACACCAGCAGCACAUACAUUUACCUUCAGAAUUUUGAGUAUCUUUUUAAGGCCUUGGAAUUUCUUCUUGUUUCAAAGUUAUAACUCUGGUGUCUGUUGUCAAGCCUUAACUCCUGAUGGUAAUAUAACUGAUGGGUUCUAGGGCAAGACUGACUUUUCUACACUGUCGCAGUAAAUACCAGCAGAUUCUGUAAGAUGAGGGUGAAUAUGAAAUCAUGCCCUAAGCCAUUCUCCCCUCUGAAGGCUGACAAAGGCCAGGCAAAAAUGCAGCCACUUGCCCCUUAGUGUCUUGCGUUACACUGUCUGCAAGAGGCUCAGCACAGAAGCUGUAAUCUCACCGGAGUAAUUGCUGGAAUGAGCACGUGGGGUUUCCUUGGUUCAUCUAACUUCAACCCUGGACGGCAAUACAAAAUCACUGCUGCAGAAGUGAUUGACCUGUUUAUGCAAUUUUAGAAAGCUAUAUUAAAAUUAAAUAUUGUUUUCGUUUAAUUGUGAAAACUUAUUUCUGAAACACACUAACUGUAAUUUGCAUCUAUUUCUGCAUUAUUAACACCUGGGUAAAUG